AUGCUAACUUGGGUACGCAAUCAACUCAAAGACCUUAAACCAGAGGACUUCUACGAAAAAUUCAACUACUCACAUAACUCACGUAAUGUUGCUGAAAAAAAAUUGCAAGAGCUACUUACAUCAAUCGCAAAAGAGAGGAAUAGUUUCAAUCGCAGGAGGGCGAAGUAUUUGCUAGAUUCUUUCGAGUCGUGGAUAAAUUCAACCAGUUGCGAGUUGUAUUGGUUAAACGUAGAAGCCUCACUUGGCAGAUUGACUCACGAAGUUACGGGACGAAUUUCAGCGUACAAAACAAUUAAAAACUUUACCAGAAAAAUCAACGUUGAGGAAAGAGCUCUACCGCCAUCGAAAAGAAUUAAGAAUAAUAAACCCGAACAACAAAUAUAUCCUCCAGAAACUAGUAGAAAGGCACGACAUCGUAUUUUCAACAUCUCAGCUCUCCCAACAAAUCAAGAUCACGGUAAUGAAAGUGAUGAUGAAAAUAUUAAAAGACAAAGAAGCGAUUCACCACUUCACGUCGAGUUUGUAAAAGAGAUGUAUGAAGCUGAUGAAACCGAAGAUUACUUAUCCGAUUCGGACUCUGACUAUGUUUAUAGCUCGGAAUCUUCGUCCUGUGCCAGUUCCGAUAAUAAUGAUACUGUUGUAGAUGGUAGUGAGUUGAAGAUGAAUAUAGACUUGUCUGAAUUCAAAAAAAAAUAUUCAAAAAUGAAUGACUCGGACAAAUGGACUCUUUCUACUGGAAAAAUUGUAGAAGAUGCACUCUACAAUUUUGGUAUUAAAUGUAGGCAUGAACAUCUAUGUCAUUCAUUUGUAAUCGAUCCAAAUGAUAAAAUCUAUGUCGAUGAAGAAGUUUUCACUGAGUCUGAACUUGAUGAAAUUCGAACAUAUAAAAUUAAGCCAAUGCCACUGAUGCCCCAAGACUUAUUAACGUAUCUUAACAGUUUUCGGGUGUUUGAUAUCUCAGACCUAAGAAAUGCUAUAUUAAAACCCCAGCAGUGGGAUUCUACAUACAAUCGACAAACACAUUUUGAUCACGAUUGGAUUCGAAAUACUAUGUACAAUUUGUUACAUGAAUAUGAAGCGGAAAAUUUAGAAAGAAAUCAUCUGGAAUUGUGGUUCUUGAUUCAUAUUUGGAGUUUUAUAGACAGAGGAUUUGGGAAUAUCGAUGGAGUGGAAGCCACGAGAUCAGAGUCAUCUAGCUUGGCAUCUUCGAAUAGGAAAAAUCGUAAUCGAACUGUAUCUGCAAUUGUCUCAAUGAAGAGAAAAAUUAUGGGAAGGCGCGGAGAUCUCAUCAUUCGAAAGGUUUCUACUGAGUACGGAUGUUCAGAGGCCGGUAAAUCUUUUAAUGGAGAUAACGGAACAAAACUACUGUAUGAAAGAGGUAUAAAGACCCCGAAGAUGAAAGAUAUGUUUUAUUCUCUUUGUGUAGCUGUUGGGAUGGAAGAGAACAAGAUAAGAAAAUUACAAUCAAUUGGAUUUAUACAUGCGGGUCUGAUGAUAUUAUUACUCAGAUUGGAUUCCCCUGCUGGCUAUACAUGUCGAGUGCUUCGAACAAAAAUGUUGGAAAUUCCUUCACAAAUAACACAAUUCGGCUCAAAGGCACUUCCUGUAAUCAUGUUGGCAUGGAAGGCGAAGAUGAUUGUUAGGGAUAUGAUCGAGUUUGUAGAGCAAAAGCAAUAUAUGGAGGAUAAAGAAAAUUUAGGUGAUCAGCUUCAAAAUUUACAAAAUAGUUGUGAAUUAUCUCCUCCACGAAAAAAAAUAGAUCAA